AUGUUUAUUCUUCAAGAUGUUUCAGACAGAGCCCCAUGUGUGGUGUCCAGACAACUUACGCUCGUUACCCACUACGAUCAAGAGGAUCGUGUCAUCCCGCAUCCACUAUCAAAUACGCUGAUCGUAAUUAGCAGCAACAAAGCCGAUGAGGCCCUCUGUCGUUGCACAGCCUCAGCCUACUUAAGCGGAGUACCCGUGGUGGUGGCCGGCUAUCAGACGACGUUUCGUGGUUUUUUUUCAAAGUAUGACUUCGUCGAAAAGGCCAUCGUGAAUGCCAAACUGUGA